CCUUUCCAUUUCUUCAUAAACCCUAGACAGUGUUAAGAAAUCUGAACUCUCCUGUUUGAUCAUCAUUUUUUUGCUCUAGGCUUUCGAUCAUUCGACAAUCGCUGUAGCUCAGGGAGACGUUGAGGCAUGUUGGGAAUUGCAAUUUUUUGUUGAUUUAAGUGAUCUCUAUCAACAAGUUUAUGCUUUUUAUAUUUACCAUUGUUCUAUGAAUAAGAAAUGAUGAAUUUUGAGUAGAAAACUGCGAGGUUGUUUGCUUCUGGAUGUGUUACUGCUCCCGAUUUGUGAUUUUUAAUGGUUCAGAACCUUGGAUCCUCUACGCCGAUCUCAACCUAAAAAGAGGGGGUCGUUUAUGUGUGGGGGCAGGUGGGGUUCCUGUACACCAUCAGACCAUGAACACACAAGGGCAAACAGUUAUGUAUGCCAGGGGUGGUAGGCGAAGGAAGGUACUUGAUGUGGACCUCAAUGACACUCCACCAAAUGAAGACCAUGAGCAAGUGGAAGGUCCACUUCUUUCUUUGACUCAUGGUGGUCAACUACAAGCUGUUGACCAUAACCAUAACCAGUUGCCAGUUAUUUCAUUAACCCCAGGAUCUUCGCCACCUGUUCCAAUCGAUGUUGAGGAGCUGGAUGAUGAUGUUAUCAUUUCAUCACCAAGAGCUUUUGAACAAGCUAGAAACAGUUCUCGAAGAAUUGCAAGAAGAACUUCGGUGAUUGAUGUGGAAUCAGAGGAAGUUGGUAACCACCGCAACCAAAGAAGAAGAGUUGAACCACAGCCACAAGUCAUGAGUGGCGGCCUGUAUGUGAUUUUGGAAGGGAGUAGCAGUUCCAUGGAGGAGAGAGCAGUGGUGCCGCCACCACCGCCUGAGCCGACUUUCAACUGUCCGGUUUGCAUGGGACCAUUAGUUGAGGAGGUGACUACAAAAUGUGGUCAUAUCUUCUGUAAAGGCUGCAUAAAAGCUGCAAUUGCUGCUCAGGCAAAAUGUCCAACUUGUAGGCGCAAAGUCACCAAUAGGGAACUCAUCAGGAUCUACCUUCCUUCCACCUCUUAAGUCUUUAAACCUCAGGUCAUGGAGUGCUUUGUUGUGGGAUUGCAGGUAGUGAAGUUUAUGAGACCAGAAUUUCAAGUAGGAUUUUUAUACAUUUUUUUUUUUUUUAUUUUAUAAUUUUUGUCUAGAGAUGGACGAGGAAGUAUACUUGAAGGAGCAUAGGUUUUGUUUUGCACCCGGGGUUCCUUGUGGUGUUGAACAUCUCUCUUUUUAGUGUUUUCCUUUUGUUCUGUGCAGCUUAAGCAUAUUUAAUUAGAGCGUUUUCUUAACAGAUAAAUAUCAAAUGUUGUAUUUGGAUUUUUUAAACUCAAAUGGUUCCCCUUCAUAUCUAA